AUGUCUUGUGACCCUUGCUACGCAUGUUACGCAGAGAUUGCUGACAUUGUGGUUAAUACGAAGUCUUUGUAUCGUCAUCAAAACAAAAAUGGUGGUACGGACCUACUUCAUCGCAUUUGGCGUGUGAUGGGUGAAAUGUUGAUAGAGCAAAUGGUAAAUAAACGUUCCUGUAUUGUGCCGGAUUUCUUUCAUGCCAGUAUUAAGUCACAGAAAAUUGAGUUUUAUAAUGGUAUGAAAACAUUUUAUAAACCACAACUCGUUCUCUUGCCUGAUUUUCUUUCUAAAUAUCAUGUACAAAAUGUUCUAACAAUGCAUGAUGCUCAUUAUCAUGCAACUGUGCCAGAAAUGAUCAGUUAUGCAACCAUUGCGGCUCUUGUCGGUACGGAUAGAUUUACUGUUGAGGCCGCUAUUUGUGACUCUAUUCGUGAAAUUGGAAAGUAUCUGGGACGUAACCCUACAACAGUUUUGCGAAUUGAUAUUGGUAUCGCUUUCUUGGAAUUUCGCGGUCGUGAGUACCGCAUUAAAUGGUCUGAAAACUUUCUUAAAAGAUUUCGUGCUGUAGUUGGACCGCAGUCAUUGGUAUCACCUUACGAUCCACCACCAAUAGCUUCAAAAGCAACAGGUUGUCGGUUUCAGACGGGUUGUUUAUCAAAGGAUGAUUUAAACGCCUCCGUUGCGAAUACUGUAGAGGAUGAGAAACGAUUGACAUUGGUGGAGAUGAAUGACUCAAAAGGUGGUUCUGGGUUCAAAAAGUCGUUUUGGUGA